CUGGGCUCGCGACUUUGGGGCCUGCGGGCGGCGCGGGAGUGGAGACUCUUAUUUUGAAGGGCGGCCCCCGCCCGCCGCCCCCGUGAUUUGCACGCUGACCCAAUGGAAGGCCCUUGGCCGGCGCUCGGCUUGUUAUCAAUUACAUGUUGUUCCUGCAGCCGCUGUGUCCCCGGGAGGAUAAACAGCAGGCCUGGCCGGGCCGGGGAGGGGCGGAGUCCGGAACAGGGCGUCCCUCCCCCUGCACGCAGCCUGCGUCUCCGGCCGUGCCACGUGCUGCUGUGUUUCAGGGCCGGCGCCCGGCGCCCCGCAGCCCCUGCUGGGCUCUCGGUGCCUGCGUCCACCCAGGCCGAUGAGCCCUGCGUUAGGACCCAGGCGGUCUGCUGCUGCUUCCCCACCCCCCCGCCCCACCCCUUUCACUCAGUCAGCAAAGUUCUGCCAGGUCCUGUUUCAGACUCUGGGGUAACAGUCAGAACGGCUUAUAUUCUGGUGGGGAGGUAGACAGAAAAUGAGGUACACAAAUACGUAACUAAGAUAGUUCGGGCAGUGGCAUCUGUUAGGAGGACUGCGAUGUGGGGUGGUGUAACAGGGUGGUCAGGGAGGUCCCACGGGGAGUGACUUAUGAGCUGAGAUCUAAAUAAGGCACUCCCUCCUAGAGCGCUGGGGAAGAGGGGUCCACGGAGGGGAAACAGCCAGGGCCCUGGCCUGAGGCCAUGAAGCUUGUGAGCUUGGGGCACAGCCAGUGCGAGCCGGGCAGGUGGAGCUGAGGUCUGGGGCGGAUGGGCAGGGUCCAGCUGCUGGGCUGCUGGGACGAGAUUGGGUCCCAUUUCCUUGGGAAUCUAUACGUUUCCUCCUACCCCGCCCUACUGUACUUAUUUAUUUCCCCCUCUAUUUCUUUGGUAUCAUUUAAUGUGUGAAUAUCUCAGUUUAUGUCUCUAAAAUGUAAGGCGUCCUUUGAAAAGUAUGUACCAACCACAAAACGUCCUCACAUUUAAAAAUAUUAACUGUAAUUCCUUAAUAUCAUGGAAUAUUCAGUUAGUGAUCACAUUUCAAGAGAGAGUUUCAAGGGCAGGAGCUCGGCCCGAUCUGCCCCUUACCGCCUCAGUCCUGGUUCCAGGAAGGCUGGAGUCCCCGGAUUCCUAAGCAUCACAGCAGAGGGGCAGAUGACCACAUGCUCACCCACUGAGGCUAACCCUGAAGGCUAGUGCUGACGGGCAUCUGCAUGGACGCCUGCCCCCGUAGUGCGUGCUCAGCGUGUGUUAGCUCGUUGCUGGGAACUAGGCACAGUUGGGAGGAUCCCCAUGCAACGCGUGGCACAGAGAGGUUGUGCCACCUGCCCAAGGUCACACAGCUGGCAAGUUGCAGAGGCAGGAGCUCAGCGUGGGCGACAGGGGAGAGGGGGUCUCAGGCUGAGUGUGGACCCUGUUCUUCACAUUAUGUGGCAUUUCCAUUCCUUCUCAGCACCCCAUCUGGUGACUAGUGUAUGGUUUUAAACUCCCAGUUUUAAAUCCUUCGCUGAAUAUUUAAAACCAAAAGGCCGAACGUUCUCCUGCAGAACUGCCCUGGGUGCAAAGCUGGCACCUUGCCUUAGCUUCCUGGAGCUCUGUGAAGCUUCCUGGACACGGUCAGCAGAGCACGGAACAGCCGCCCCCGGCACGGCCACGCCAGCAUGGUGGACCACUUGCUUCCAGUGGACGAGACCUUCUCGUCGCUGAAGUGCCCCCUUGGUUAUCUGGGUGACAGGCUGGCCGGCGGGCGGGCGUACCACAUGCUGCCCUCGCCCCUCUCGGAGGACGACAGUGACGCCUCCAGCCUCUGUUCCUGUGCCAGCCCUGACUCGCAAGCCCUUUGCUCCUGCUACAGCGGCGGCCCCGGGGCCAAGGGCCAGGACAGCAUCUUGGACUUCCUGCUGUCCCAGGCCACGCUGGGCGGCGGCGGUGGUGGUGGCGGUGCUGCGGCCAACGGCGGCCCCAUGGCCUGGGGGACCUGGCGGAAGGCACCGGCACCUGUGAAGGGGGAGCAUUUCUGCUUCCCCGAGUUUCCUGUGGGAGACCCCGAUGACGUCCCGAGGCCCUUCCAGCCCACCCUGGAGGAGAUCGAAGAGUUUCUGGAGGAGAACAUGGAGCCAGGGGUGAAGGAGGCCCCAGAAAGCAACAGCGAGGACUUGGAGGCCUGCGGCCAGCUCUCCGCCGGGCUACACAGGAGCCACCUCCAUCCUGGGGCCGGUGGGAGAGAGCGCUGUGCCCCCCCGCCGGGAGCUGCUGUGGGCGGCAGCCAGAGCCCGGGUGGGGGUCCCGCCCCCGACGGCCCCAUCCCCGUGCUGCUGCAGAUCCAGCCGGUGCAGGUGAAGCAGGAAUCCGGCGCCGAGCCCGUCUCCCCCGGGCAGGCCGCUGAGAGCGUCAAGGUGGCCCAGCUCCUGGUCAACAUCCAGGGGCAAACCUUCACGCUGGUGCCCCAGGUGGUGCCCUCCUCCAGCUUGAACCUGCCCUCCAAGUUCGUGCGCAUUGCCCCUGUGCCCAUCGCCGCCAAGCCCAUUGGGUCGGGACCCCUGGGGCCCGGCUCCGCCGGCCUCCUCAUGGGCCAGAAGUUCCCCAAGAACCCGGCGGCAGAACUCAUCAAAAUGCACAAGUGUACUUUCCCCGGCUGCAGCAAGAUGUACACCAAAAGCAGCCACCUCAAGGCCCACCUGCGCCGGCACACGGGCGAGAAGCCCUUCGCCUGCACCUGGCCGGGCUGCGGCUGGAGAGAAGCAGUGGACCCCAGAGAAGAGGGACACGGGCCAUCGGGAUGGUCACGCUGGAGGAGCCCGCGAGCACACAGAUGCGUGGGGCUGGCCGCUGACCCGGACCCCGCUCACCCGCUCUCGGUGUCUGUCCCCGAUAGCCACCCACUCAGAGCCCGCGGCCCCCCGGCCGGCCCUCUGUCCGGGCCGAAGCCGGGCUGGCCGUGUGUGCCGGGUGGUGAAGCCAUCCCCCUCUGCCUGGGCUCCAGACCCCCUGGCGCGUCUGCGCUGGCCGGGGGCGCGGAGGGGAGGGACGGCGGGGACGAGGACCACCUCUCGACCCUCGCCCACCCUCUGGGGGGGUUUCUUGAGCCUCUUGACCCCGCGGAACGGGCAUGACAGCCCCGGGUGGCAGCCUGGUGCUGACUGAACAGCCGCGAAGACCCUUUCCAGGGCGUGAGCCUGAGUCUUGGCCGGAUGGAGGGCCGGGAGCCGGGCCUCGGUUGUCCUGUGCCGUGGCCCCUGGCAGUGCCGCAGAGUCCAGAGCGCUGUGGAGGCGCCUGGCUUGGCCACCUCUGGGAGACCCCCGCCACCCCCUUUGGCACCCUUUGUGACUCGUGUGGCCGGAAGAGGAGCGUUUGUCUUGGCCUGCAGGCCCAGCGUGCCCACAACCGUUCGUAAUAGGGAGGAAUCUGGAAGGCUGCGGAGCAGAGAGCCAGCCUCAGCGACCCGGCACCGCCCGGCCCUGCACGGGGCCGUCCCACACGGCGGGCAGAGGCCGGGGAGGCACAUCUCCGGAGACUGUACCAGGCAGCGUGGGCUAGGCUGCCGUCACAAAGAAACCCCAGCACCGCGGAAGCUUCUUUUUCUCCGUUGAAACAGCCCUGAGGCUCCCGGCACCUUCUUCGUUGCCCUCGAGCCUGGCGCCCCGGGGGCCCCGCGCCUGCCCGCAAAGCAGUCCAGGGCUUGUGCUUCCCCCACACGGCACACGCCUGUCCACCAACGUCCCCUCGGCCAGGGCUUAAUCACACAGCCUCGUUCGCUGCAAGGAAAGCUGGACGACAUAGCCUUAAUCUGUCAGGUUAGGAGCACAGCUAAAUUGGGGCCUUCCAUGACGGGGAAAGGAGGGCAGAGGAGGGGUGCGGCUUCGGCCAGGUGCCCGCCCAGCGGGUAAGUCGUGGUGGCCCCAUGGCUUUGUCCACAUUCUCAGAAUGGGUGUCACGGCAGGUAUGGGACCAACAGUCAGGCCCCCAGAGACAGCAGGGUGUCACGAGGGGAAACAACGCAGGCGCUUUGUGUGACAAACACGACUGCAAAUGGCAGGUCCCUGCCUCAGAGGGAGGAAAGUAAACAAGAAACAAACCCUGUGAUGUCACCAGCGUCUACGCCUGAACGGGCCCAGAGUCCAUACAAGUGCCAUGGGGUUGGGGGACAGAAGCAGAAAGGCCCGGGGUCGGGGCUUGCAGGGAUUGUAGCUUUCCUCAUGCUCCAUCGUUCAGGGUCCUGCAGGCCUGGGCAGUGGGCACAGCAGAGGAGCUGCCAGGAAGGGGCCUGCUGUCUGCUCGGCAGCCGAUGGGACGGGGGCUCUGAACGGCAUGUGAGGGCCCGAGAGUGGGGCAAGGUCGGGCUCUGACAAACACCAAGCCUGAAAAGAUCUUGCUGUGUUUGAGGUCAGGCAAAAGGGAUCCCGGACGCCAGGGGGCUGUUAGGAAGACACGGAGGGUGGCCUAGAGAGCAGCGUUCAGAAGACAGAGACGCACACCUCGGAGGCCCACGGCGGGACCAGAAAGGCAUCCGCGGAGGUUUCCCGUAGUGGUCAACAGGUGAAAAGUCCCGUGGCUCCUGGGAGGGCACGAAGAGAUCCCGGGCAGAAACAGAAGAGCGACAGGACGGGGUAGACAGAGCGAUGGGACGGAUGAAGGAGCAGCUCAGGGCAAGAAAAAGGGUAGCAGCAGAACUAAACCUGCGGUAGGGGUGCCGCCCUGGAGGCGAACUCACACAGACCCUCCAGAACCUGGUGGUGAACGAAGGAGGGACAUGAGGAAGACAGGUGUGGAGGGCAGAGAGCAGGGGGCCGAGCGCUGGCGGUUCCGGAUCAGAGUCUGGGUGAAAUGACGUAGAUACUGACGCAUAACAUUUAUAACAUACGAAUAUGUACCAUGUAGGAUACACUAAUACACAACAUAUAUAAUACGCGAACGCAUAACGUAUGGCAUACCCAUACGUAACAUACCGAUACCUAACACCUUUAAUACACUAAUACACAACAUGUAUGAUACACUAAUACA